AUGUCCGAUUCGACUCGCAACCCAGCACCGCCAAAGAGACGACGCUCAUCCCUUGCCUAUGAUCCGGCCAGAGACACUUUCAAAGAGCUGCCGGAUGCUCUAGCUGAAGACGCCAUCGCAGAAGAUCCUGAGGAGGAACACAAGGCUGAAGCGGCGGUCGCUGCAAGUCCGACGACAGGGAAAGAAACAAAGGAACCCCCCCGAAAGCGGGGACGCUCAGAGUCAGGAGACGGCGAGGUGAAGGACAGUUUUCCGGAAGAGAAGAACACACGAUCAAAGAGAUCACCGCCAGACUCGGAGCAAAUCAUGUCAGAACAACCUCGAAAGCGAAAAAGGUCACAGUCGUUAGACGGCGAGGAGAAAGAUUCUGGGACAAGGAAAGAUGAAUUAUCGGAAGAAUCCCAAAAGACCAAGCCCCGAACGCCAGCGGACCUUCCCCGAAUCCCCCGUAAAACGAGAGAAGACGAGGCCUCUACAUCACGUCCUGCCUCCGACGCCUAUAGCCGACGACCUGAGGCAGGGGAACGGCGAAGACAAGACCGAAGAGACGCGCCCUCCCAUAGACGCUCAAGAUCGCCUCCUUCACGGCGGUCUCCGGCUGAGACAUACCGACGUCGCUCCCCACCUCGAGAACGCCGCAGGUCGCCCUCCCCCAUCCGUGUCUCUCCUCCCCCUGAAGUCAUUCGUCCCGGAGGAGCACGAGGUCGCGGUCGGAAUGUUUUAGCCGAACAACAGCGUCUUGCUGCCGAAAGAGAGCAAAAGCAAGCUGCACUACUCGCUCAGACGAACCGCGGUGUUCAAGAAGUCUCGAAUCAGUGGUACAAUCAGAGGCCUGAGUGGGUCAAAGAGAAAGGCCGUGACUGGCGGAAAAAUGAGUCUCAGAUCAAAGGCCUGCGCAGCUUCAACAAUUGGAUCAAGUCAUGCCUCAUCCAUAAAUUCAGUCCAGAGGAGAAAGAGGAAGAAGAGGAGGCCGGUUGGGGCGAAGAAGCCAAGGAACCUGCAGAGCAAAAGCCACUCCUGGUGCUGGACAUCGGGUGUGGGAAAGGAGGUGACCUGGGCAAGUGGCAGUUGGCUCCUCAAAAAGUCGGGUUGUACGUGGGCCUUGACCCUGCUGAAACGAGCAUCAAACAGGCGCGUGACCGGUAUGACCAAAUGCGACGAGGCCGGCGGCCGAUCUUUGAUGGACGCUUCUUUGCACAGGACUGUUUUGGUGCAUGGAUCGGCGACGUUGGCAUUGUUCGUGAAGUCGGCAUCGAUCCGAAUGCAGGCAACGGGCAACCGAGCCGUUGGGGCGGUGGCGGGUUUGACAUUGUGGCUUGCAUGUUUGCGAUGCACUACUCCUUCGAAUCCGAGGAAAAGGUGCGAACAAUGCUCCGCAAUGUUGCCGGAAGCUUAAAGAAAGGCGGUCGAUUCAUUGGUGUCGUACCCAACAGCGAUGUCUGCACCGAGAAUAUUCAGAAGUGGUUCAAGAACAAGGCAGCCAACAAGCUGGAAGCAAACGGAGGCGUGGAAGGCGCUUCUGAGGAGAAAGAAGAUGGCGAAGCCGACGAGGAGGGCCCGUCAUGGGGAAACUCCAUCUACAAGGUGCGGUUUCCGAUUGAUCCUGUACGGCCCCUGCAGCCAGACGGUUCCUUUCGACCUCCAUUCUCCUGGAAAUACACCUACUGGAUGGCCGAAGCCGUGGACGUGCCUGAAUUUGUGGUGCCCUGGGAAGCCUUCCGCGCAAUUGCCGAGCAGUACAAUCUGGAGCAAAGAUACAGAAAGCCAUUCCUGGAUAUCUGGAAUCAGGAGCAAGGGAACCGCGAAAUGAUGCAGUUGGCGGUGCGCAUGGGUGUCGUGAGGUAUGAAGGCGGAGACAUACAGCUGACACAGGAGGAGAGGGAAGCUGUGGCAUUCUACCAUGCUUUCUGCUUCGUUAAGGUGUAG